AUGCCCCGCGCCGCCACAGCCGCCGCGCGCGCCAAGCUCCGCGCCCUAGCCUCAACCUACGACCCGGACAGUUCCGACUCGGAAGCCAACAAGUCUGACGACUACGCCGCCGCUAGUGGCGGUUCGGCGCCGUCGUCCGUCGUCUCCGACGACGGCAGCAGUAGCGACUUUGACCCGCCGUCCGAGGACGACGUGAAGCCUGCCCGUGGUAAGGGAACGCCGAAACAGACGCCGCGCCGGGCGGCCGGCCCCCGCGGCGUGCCGGGCGGCACCAAGGCGAAGAUUACAGAAGGCACGUUGGGAGGGCGCAACAGUCUCGGACUGAGCGCGGCGGAAUUGAGGAUUCUGAACAGUGCCGGAGGGAACGUGUCCAGGCCUCCGGGGAAGGGGACGACAGGGACGGGGAGGGUGGGUGUGUUUCCGUGUGGUGGGCCGAGUCCAUUCAUCUCAACGCUGGCCUGGGAUGAGACCGCCGAGGGCGAGGGGAUGGAUGUGGAUGGCCCCGAAGCAGAGAAUGGAGAGAGGGAAGCGGCACAGGUUGGAUGGAAGGAUCCCCGCCUCGCACGCGUGAUCGUUGAGCGCGAGGAGGGAGCGAUUUCGCGACCUCGCGCGCCGCGUUGGUGUGCUUUCCCCGCCGGAAAAUUGGGAGGGGGAGGGGCAGCCAACGGAGCGGAGGCUGCGGGUACCACCAACGGAGCUGGUGGAGGAGCUGCUGGAGACGGAGAGGGAGAUGGACUGCCCGAGGGAUGGAGGUGGAGAGAAGAGGUCCACAUCGAUGUGCCUAUUCCGAAACAAACCACGAUCAGCGAGGAGGAGGGUACGGCAUCGAGGCUGAGGGCGAGAGUCUUCCCCUCCUGGAGUGCAGGAAGUUCACUGACCUCAGCCGCCGCCAGUGGUUCCUCGUCUGGCGUCAUGUUCAACGCUGGUGCGCCUGUCUGGGGCCUCGACUGGGCCGCGGGGAGCCAGCACGUCGCUGUCAGUACCUGUGCCAGCGACCCGGCCAUGGGCUCACGGACGACGACGCCGGGGAGUAUUCAGAUCUGGUCGGCUGGUGGCCAGUGCCAGGUGUUCCUGUGCACCGAGGCCGAGGUGUGCGCGGUCAAGUGGAUGCCCGUGGGCGUCAAGGACCUCAACACGCUCGGCGUGCUUGCCGCGGCGCAGCUCGACGGCUCCGUCUGCGUGUACGCUGUUCCGAAACCCGGCCCAGAGCGAGUGUACAUUAAAGCCGAGCCCAUGGUCCGCAUCGAGGUUGACGACGCGACGGCCAUGUGCCUCGACUGGGUCAGCGGCGGGCGUCUUACUGUUGGAUUCUCGAAUGCUCUGAAGGAAGGUGACCAGACCCCACUGCCCGACACCUACACGCCUGUCGCGCUCGCGGCGAUCUCGGCGAUUCACGUGGCUCGUGUCCCUCCCGUGGACAGCGAGGGAGAGCCAGACUACGCUUCCGAUCCCUACCUCGUCGUCUUCAGCAGCUACGACGGGAGCACGGGCUUGCUCGAUUUGCGCGAUCCAGCGGGCACGAUUACGUUUUGCCGGUCUAGAAUCCCCUGCUCGUCCGUCUCGUGGUCGCCGCAGAACGCUGCCCCGCUCUACAUUGACAGCGACUACAUGGUCGUCAUGGCGCAGUUGCGCAACGCAAGUAACCCCGGCACAUUCAUCCUCGCGCCGAACCGUGGACCCGUGCUCGGUCUCGGGUGCUCUGACUACCACCCCAUGGUCGCCGCCGCAGCCGCCGACGGCGGCCUCACCAUCAGCAGCGCGGCGACGGGCUUCUUCCGUCGUAAGGGUGUCGGCCUGUUCUAUGUGCGCCUGUACGAGGUGGACUAUGACGAGAAGAUUGACACCGACCCCGAGCGCAAUCUCAAGGGUACGAUCCGCGUAACCGACGCGUUCCUGCCCGACCACUCCACCAUCGAGGCGACGAACAAGCGCAAGGACGAGAACCGGGACGAUGCGGCCGUCAAGACGGCGGCGUGGGAUCGGGAAGUCGGCCUGCACCGGGCUGUGUGGCAGAAUGCGAAUGGCAUCAAGCACGCGGGCUGGCUCGCUUCGGGGGGGUACGCUGGUAUCGUGAGGAUUGAGGAGGUGCGCGGAGCGAGGUUGUGGCCGCACGAGCAGGCAAGGUAG